AUGGCUCCGAGCACCUGGGCAUCUGCGGCAGCCUUGGCUGCCUGCGCAGCCCCGGCCGUGGCUUUUGUGCCGGCUGGCCAGGGCCUGAGGGGUAUCCAGGCACAGACCUCCGCAGCCCCAUCCUCGACUGCGGCAACCUCGGCCACAUCCAGCACCUCCUUGGCCACUGCCGGGUUGGCUACGGCAGCUGUCGUAGCUGGUGCCACUGCCUUCCGUGCUCGCCCAGCACCUCGCCGAGUCGAGCGCAACGUGGUCGGAGUGUGCCUGCCGCUCACAGACAAGUUUGAUCCGCUGAACUUGGGCAACACCGAUGCCAAGAUGGAGCGGUACACUGCGGUGGAGAUUAAGCACGGGCGGGUCUCAAUGAUCGCAGUUGUUGGCUAUAUCAUGCCAGAGAUUUUCCGCUUCCCAGGUUGCGAGGACUUCAAGCAUGGCCUUGCUGCAUUUGAAAGCAUUCCCCUAGAAGGCUGGAUCCAGUUGCUCGCCUUGGUUGGUGCCCACGAAGUCCUGGUCAAGCCCCGUGAGGGCGGACUGGGUAGCUACGACUUCGGCCUUGGCACCGAGCUCCUCGAUGGCAUCGACGAAGAGGAACUCGAGCGCAAGCAGACCUCCGAGCGCAACAAUGGUCGAUUGGCCAUGAUUGCCAUCCUCGGGCUCAUGUGGCAAGACGGGACGUUUGGCGAGGCCCCACUGAGCUACAUGAACAAAUAUGGCUUCUGGGGUGAGCCUGUGCAGUUCAUUGUUUCGCACAUUGCUAACUGCCAGUCCUUUAGCGGAAGCUAUGUCAACAACGGGGGUCUCUGUGCGCUUCCUUCCCGUGGGGGUCGCACCACCAUGCAUGCCACGCAGAAGCUGGCUGAGGGCGAGUUCGUAGAGUUGGAGACCUACCCCAAAGAGAUGGAAAUGUCUCCUUCCGUUCCGUUCCUGCGGUAUCCCCAGGUCCUGAAGGGUUGGGUCGGUGGGGAGAAGGGUUUCGACCCUCUCGGUGUCACUGAUGCCCUGCCUGUGUACUGGGUCCGUGAAGCUGAGCUGAAGCAUGGGAGGCUUGCUAUGCUUGCCACAGUUGGAUGGAUUGCAACAGAUUUGGGUUUCCGCUUCCCUGGCGAGAAGUUCCAGAGUGUGGCCAACCCCAUUGAAGCGCAUGACAAGAUGGUCGAAGCCGGCUACAUGCUGCCGUUCUUUGGUGCCAUUGGCGUCUUCGAGUUGUUCGCCUUGUGGCUUUUCUUCCAGUCUUGGCCCAUUGGCGAGGGCAUCAACCGCGAGGCAGGUGACUACUGGCUCGGCAAGCAGUUCCUGCCCAAGGAUCCUGAGAAGGAGAAGGACAUGCGCCUCAAGGAGCUUGAGAACGGUCGCCUCGCCAUGUUUGCCUUCAGCGGCAUUGUUACCCAGGUUCUUGAUCUUGGCGUCAUGAUAACAGACGAGGAUUGGCAGCAGUCAAACACCAACGAUGCCGUCCAGGCGUUCCGAAAGCGCGGAGAAACAGAAGAAAAGCGACGCCGCUAUGAUUGGCUUCCAUGGGAGGUCCGACGUGCAGCUGACGGUCUUGGUCCGCCGCUGAACUUCGAGAAGCCGGUUCACUCUUUUGACAUGUUCUCCCUCGGGGUGCUUGCGCUGCACCUGACCAUCGGACGCACCGAGGCACGCAUCCGCCUCAGUGAGAUGGAACGCACUGGCGCGGGGAAGGACCUCAAAGCGGUGGAGGUUCGAGGGCACUACGUCGGCCGCGCAAAGGUUCCCACUUCCGAGCCACACAGUUUUGACUUGGUUUGCACUAUCUGCCCCUCCGGCGAAUGUCGGGCGACUUCGGAGGCAGAUGUGGAGCUCGUAGAAGCGGAUGAGUUGGAAGCGAUGGACUUCCAGCUCCUGCAGACCAAGGUACAGCAUGAAGUUAUCCAUACGGAGGUUAGACAAGCUGCCUUCGCUGUUCCAAAGAGGGCUGUGUCGGGUGAAGGCGGCGUUUGCUGGUCAGAGGAGGAUUGCUGCUCUGAGGACGCAGAUGAGGCAUACUGCCCCCUCUUCUGCAAAGCCGGCACAGAGAUUGAUACGCACAACGCGAAAGGAUGGGAGGUGAAAGGCCAGUGCAUGAAGAAAUGGCCUGGCUACUGCCGGGAGGAUGAGCAGUGCAAGACGGUUAGCCAUGCCAAGGGGGAAAGUGCUGAUCCCACCUACAUCGGCAACUCCAUUUGCUACCGCUCCGCCGGAUCACUGGAUGGCACGUGUCGGAAUGACACCCUUUGCGAGUCAAUGUCGUGCGGGCGAGGCACUUGCCGCUGGGGAAAAUGCACCUGCGACUACGGUGUUGGUGGGGACCAUUGCGAUAAGUCCACCGAGGCGUUUGCCUUCCUCUUCUAUGGCAACAGCUCUGAGAACCUGAUCUCAGUGCGGGUUCUUGUGAAAUCGAUGAGGGCGGCUGGUGCCAACCAGGACAUCUUGGCGAUCGUGCCAAAAAACAUGAUUGACAAGACCCCAAAGCAGCACUUAGAGAUCCUGACGCGGGACGGGGUCAAGAUCUACUACACGGAUCCGAUCCCUAUGCCUGCCGUUAUGGAUUCAGAUCCUAUUAUUCAUCAGCGGUGGAGUGGCGUCAUGAACAAGUUCGCAGUGUGGCGAAUGACGGAGUACUCCCAGGUGGCUUUGAUGGACACAGACAUGGUGUUCGAUAUGGAUGCAGAGAGUCCAGGGAAAAUCUUUUCAGAAUGCAGUGCUCCAAUUUGCGCAGUCCGCGAUGGCGACUCGCGAUUUAUGAAUGCAGGUGUCAUGGUCGUCACGCCGUCUGGGCAGCGCUUAGCGCACAUCCUGCAGGUUCUGGCUGACGAGCAGCACCAUUUUGCCAUGCCGGAGCAGUCCUUUUUGACCCAGUACUGCAAGAACAAGAAGUUCAAAAUGAAGCUUCAGUUCUUGGACAAGAAGUGGAACUCGUGCGUUGGCGGUGGUAUGCUGCACAACACCGGCUGGGAAUCCACAGGCUACAACGUGCUGCAUUCCUGCUCAUGGACCGGGAAGCCUCCGAACAUGAAGAUGUGCUUCCCCGGGAAAUGCAGCAGUGACGAGGAGUGGCACACAGUCCUGGUGUGGCAGUUCUACCACAUGCAGGUGGACAGUUGCAUUCGACACCAGGAUGCCAAUACUUGCAACGGCCACGCAAGCCAGUGCCAGUGGUGUGGCAAGUAUUGCAGCACCAGGGAGAUCGCGUGUAACAAGAAGCUUUUCAACCAAACCUACAUCAAGGACAAGGACGAGCCAGACAUUCAGGAGGCUUCCCGCCUUGGAGCUCUCACCCGGAGCGUGUGGGACAUGCCAGACAACACCUCGCAGCAGGAGUGGAACAACCUCCCAACAGGGUCCUGGGCCUGGCCACAGGUAGCCAUGUAUCAGAUUCUCAUCGAUCGAUUCGCAACAACCAAGCCCAAGCACUGUGAGAAGUUGAACGAGUACUGCGGUGGCAAUAUCCAGGGAAUCAUGGAGCAAGUGAGCUACCUGGAGGAGCUGGGUGUGGACGGGAUCGUCCUUUCCCCAAUUGUCGAUCAGAUGCCGCAUGGCUACCACGGCUAUUGGACGAAGGAUCUCACCAAGGUCAACCCUGCCUACGGCACGGAGGAUGAUGUGCGGGAAAUGGUAAUUCUGCUCCACGAGAGGAGGAUGAAGGUCAUCGUCGAUGUGAACAUGAACCAUGCGGGGUCUCAGAAGAUCAACGCCAGCAAUCCUCGUGACGUAUCACUCCUGAAGCCCUUCAACAAGCCUGAACACUACCAUGCAGACAACUGCAGCCUCAUCCAUGACUCCGACUAUGAGAGGGGCUCAUACUUCUUGGAGCACUGCAAGCUGUACGGCUUGCCGGAUUUCAACCACGAGAACCCAGUGGUUUGGCAGGGCCUCAUGCAGUGGGUGCGAGACCAUGUGGACAAGUACGGGUUUGAUGGCAUCCGCGUGGACGCUGCAAGACACAUCAACAGGAACUUUUUGAACCACAUUCCGGAGACGGGCCCACCCAUUCCUGCUUACUAUGAGGUGGUGAACACGGACAUGGCGUACGUUGCCGGCUACGCCACCGGCGAUUACGGAGCCGUCUACAACUAUCCUCUCUACUUUGUGCUCAAGGACAUCUUCGUUCCUGGACCGAAGCAGAAGCCGAUGUCUGCACUCGGCGACUGGAUAGUGAAGCAAUCGCCAAAAGCGCAGGGCCGCCUGAUGCUUAACUUCUUGGACAACAACGAUUUGCCGCGCUUUUUGUACCGGAUCGGCGAGGGCGGCGGUGUUCCGGAGGCCACAAUGCUCGCGCUGUACCACAAUGCCUUGCUGGCAAUGAUGGGUAUGGAGGGCUUGCCCGCCAUUCUCUUCGGCUCGGAGCAGAAUGCACGCGGCCGCCUCAACUACUCAGAUCCGCUCAAGGUGGACAACUGGCGGCAGCCUUUGUGGCAUCACGGCUACAACAUGUCCACCUCCACCUACCAGCUCAUAAAGAAGGUGCUGUGGGUCCGGCAGAGAACCAGUGGACUGCAUGCCUUCAAGUCGAUCCCGGUGUACAUGGAUCACCAGGUUCUCGUGUGGGCUCGGGGUCCAGCCAUCUUCGCGGUCAGCAACGCCGGGCAGCCCAGCAAGAUCCCGUCGCAGCGGGUCCUUUGGGACAAUGCCACCGCGGGGCUGGGCCCGUACGGGACUCCUUCCCUGGUGUGCAACAUCCUUGAUGUAAACCCACUGAAGGACUGCGGCGUGCUUGUGCCGGGCAACAUUUCUAGGCUGCACCUCACGUCUGAUCCAAAGCUAUAUGUGCCAAAGGAGUACAUACUUGAGUAUGAGACGUUCAUGAAGAUCAAGAAGAAAGAAGGCGACAGAGUCGUCGAAGACACGCAGAAAGAUCCAGCAGUUCUCCCCUUCACAAUGUGGAAGGCUAUGCCUGAUCCUCCCAAAGUUCAAAUCCAGGCUCAGAAGCGGCUCCCACGCUCAUGGAGACCUGGCACUGUGACGCUGAAUGGAAAUCCGUCGUGGGUGUGGCAUACAUUUCCGCAGUUGCCGCCUCACCUGGACAAGUGGGGGCCGCCGCUGGGGAUGCCAGUUCCUCACGUCAUUAGCGCAUCUCUCAAGGAUGCAUGUUUCUACUUGGGUCCUGGGGAGAAGGACGGCGCCCUUUACGCGAGAAGAAAAGACAAUAGGACCUACGUGCUGUGCCCGGAUUCGCCAGAGUUCUGCCCGCGCGUUGUCAACGAGCAGGUCAAUUUGACCAGGCUCCUGCACCAUUCCCAGCAAGUGGGCUUGCCGAAGCGGGAGUUCCCAGUGCUGCACUUGAGCUUUGACGUUUGGUACGGCGUGUACCACAUGCUCAUCAGCGCACUGCCGUCUGUAGCGCCGCGACUAGACAGGCUGCGGAAUGGAACCAUGGAGUUGUUUAUCCAUGCGGGCCACAACUUUGUCAGCCAAAUCUUGUCUGUUCUAGGUGUCGAGGGCAACAUCAUUCGACCUUCCUCCAACCCUCCACUGAAGGAGGCUUUCCACUUUUGUGCGCCUGAGAUCCAUUUCGAUCUCGCCACAAGGCCGCAGUAUCCUCGUUUCGAGUUUUCUGUGCCUUACCUAGCUGAGUUCCGAAAGAAUCUGCUGGCCAUGGACGACUCGAUGGAUGAGUCCAACAGGCCGUGCAGACUGAAGAAUCGUGGACACAUCGUCGUGCUCUCACGUGGUCAUGGCUCUAGAGCCCUCGGCAAUGAGGAUGAAAUGGUUAAGGCCUUGAAAACCUUGGGGAGACCUGUGGAGGUUGUGACUCCAGACCCGAAGAAUUUCCUGCACACGCUGCAAGCGCUGUCCAGAGCCGAGAUCUUGCUGGGCGCGCAUGGGGCCAACAUGGCCAACAUGCUCUUCGCGCCAGACGGUAUGAAGGUUGUGGAGAUUGUUCCUCAGGUGCCGUUCAAGAUGCAAGACUACCACUUCUGGGACUUAGCCGCAGCGUUGAACUUUACAUACCUUCCCGUUGGGGACAAGGUCAUGCCAAACGAGUACGACCAUCAGCUGGCCGCGGACCCGAUGACUGAAGACAAGGCGGUCUUGUCCAUGAAUGUCGACAUUGAGGAGGUGAAAGCCUUGAUCUCCAGCUUGCUUGGCUGA